UAGGUACUAUUCCCCAAUAAUACGAUGUCAUCCGUCAGUGAUAAGAUCGAAAGCGAAUAUGCGGCAGGAAAUCUUAUCUCUAACGGACAAAUUUGCUGUCAGUGAGACCUCACGAGUACCGAUUGAUUUCUAACCAAGAAAAGGCUUUCGGCAUUGCGGAUCAUGCCAAAAAUUUUCGGGCCGCAAAACUCCUCGGUUACAAAUACUCGUUGAUGGUCAAUUUUCAUUUCACAGUAUAAACAUGUCUCGGUCGUACCUAUGAGCAGGACGCUGCCACACACGACCAAAAAUUCUGGUAGUGAAAUGUCAAACAUUUUGAUGAACCUGAGAGUACAGAAUGGGAUUUGGUUUAUCGCGGAACAUGGGGAACAGAAUUCGUCACGCCAAUUUCUUCGUUAUAUUGACACCAGCCUCCAGAUUACUUGGAAAUUUUAUUUCUCAUUCAUUUAUUUAUUUUUCACACGUGUACAAAAAUUCUUGAAAAUAUUUUUGUGUUAAAUCAAUUACUAUAGAGAGACAAAACAGUGGGAUUGACGCUGGCUUGUUCCGUGUGUACAAAAACAUCAAGCUGACAACUCCGUGCAUUGAACAAUCGAUAAAUUCGAGUUAGGCAACCGUGCAGAAUAGAUAGAAGUUAUCAUCCAGUACAGAUACCGACAAUCGAUUGAAAACCCAGUCCCUCGCAAUCAAACACGUGAGUUACGGUCACGAUUGCACGUGGAAAUGUUAUUCAAUUCGUAUAAGAAAAUAUUUCCAAUGAAGAGCGAAGAGUAGUCUACUUUUCUUAAUCGCGAAUUUCCUCACACUAAAUGAAUAUCACUUAUUUGCCUGGUAUGAUUAUUCUGGUACAUCAACGAAUUUUUCUGGCAAGAUUGUUUGCACCAAUUUGUUCUCGUCGUCGAUCGUUAACAUCAUACACACGCAGAAUUCAAGCGACUAGUCGUAUUUAUUCCCGAAAUGUCACUGGUCUAGUAUUCCUGAAAAGUACCUGAUAAAUUUCUAGCUAUCACGACUUUAAAAUGCAGUACAAGUUAAAUUACUGCUAUUACAUAAGAGCUCAAUUUUGUUAGCCACCACCCAUCAUCACUAAUGAUGAAAAAGAGGUAGCUGAAGGCGCUUUUUGCAAUCUUACGCCCUCUUCAUUACCCAAUAAUGUUACAUUACAUCAGUGACACCUGCAACCACGUAGAUUAUUGCGUCUUUUAGGUAAAGUAAAAUCUUGUUACUUUAUACAUAUAACCUUUAAAAUGUUCAAGUAUGUAACUUAUGAAACAAGGUAAUUUUGGUACAGAUGUAUGUGCAUAAAUGCCUUGACCUUCCAGCUAACUUGUUUUCAGUCCGAAACAAAAUGCAACUUCGAUUCUAUACGAAUUAUGUGACGCUCCAUCUCAUUUUGUUAUGUCAGCUGCAUCACCAGUCAUUGACAUACGGUUGCGAUAGAAUUGAACGCGCAUUUUGUUUGGGAACGAAAUCAAGUUAGCCGGAAGGUUAAGGCUUUUAUGCAUUUUACUGUACAGUAAUGUUCAUCAAUGUAUUCCCAAUGGCUCACUAUUUAUUUGGAAUAAAAACUGGAACGAGUUUCCGUGCUAUUUAAAUUUUAUGUGCCAAUGACUAGCGAGGCAAAUGACGGGAGAAACAAAUGAUACGUUGAUCAUAGACACGUGAAAUUUAUAUAUAAAGAAAACUCGUUUCAGGUUUGAUUCCAAAAAAAUAGUGAUUCAUUGGGAUUCUAUUGAUAAACAUUACUGUGCAGUACUACUACAUGAUCUUAAUUCAAGAUGAUGCGAAUUGACAGCAGACAAUGAAUAAGGCUUUAAAUAAAACGCAUGACAGAGGCAAAAAUGCGUCAGCAACGUAAUUCCAGAUUCAAAGCGAAAUACGAACAUCAAGAAAAGUAUUAUUUUAUCCAGCGGUAAUGAAAAUAAAUUUAUUCCUGUUAUAGUAUUAUAUAUGCACGGGAUCCUUAUAAACCCCACUGAAAAUCGUUUUUUUAUAGUGACAUUUUGCGCGUAAUAAUUUAUUCAUCGAAAUCUAAAAAUCACAUGAACUCUCGUACCAUAUAAUUGCACUUUCGUACAUUACAGAUACAAGCGUUUUGCACGGGGCUUUUACGAAAGUGUUUUAUGUGAUCGAUCAUUUGCGAGUAAAGCCGGGACGAUACUUCAUACCUAGGAUUUUCAACUACACCGCAUGCAACCUGCGAUUAAUGCUAAUUAAAAAUCUAUCAACGUCUCGCUAAUUAGUUGUGCAACGUGUGUUGAAUAUACUUGUUCGUAAUACUAUGUAAGUGAAUUAUUAUUGUAGCAUUCAAAGCGAAUUGAAAAGGCUGCAGUAGUUAUGUGCUGAUUUCGGUAAAUGAGGGAAAUGCAGAUUCAGUUGCAGGUUGUAUCUGUUUUCUAAGAAAAAUCAGUUUUUUUCUGUAGUAAUAUAAAACUGGUUUUUAUUUAUCGAUUCUUCACACCUGGUGAUGUUUAAACCGAAAUAAACAUUUAACUAUUCUCGACAAAAUAUUUUGGGUUUCGAAAGGUUUCUAUUUCAUCGCGGAUGACAAACAAAACGUCGAUGGGAAAUCAUUUUAACAGAAGUAUUUAUUCGAAAAAUGCCUGACUAGUUUCGAGUUUUAAAACUGUCACUAACUAAAAUUACAAAUAUUCUUAUUUCUUACCAACGAAACUUUUGUCAAUUUUUCUGUGUUCGUGCGAUCGACGUUGCUGUUACAAAGACUCCAAAACCAUUUUGCUUUGAAACAUUAAUUUAUUUAUUCCUACAUAAGCACAAUUCAUUCCUGUAGAUAAUCUGUGAAGUGAAACGAACGUCAGAAGGCCUGAAAUACGAACUUAAAACAUGUAUUUAUAUGUAUAAACAGUGACGUAGUUCAUACACCAGAAUUUGUUUAUGAAUGAGAUUACUAUUCAAGCCUCAUAAAUCCACUUGAGACAAAACCAGUUGUAAUAUCUAAUUCUGAGGGUAUCUAGUGUUCGCCAUUUAAUUAAUUCCCUGAUUGUUCAUUUUCUGAUAGGUAAUAAAUAAUGGUUCACUUAUCUCCUAUCAAAAUCACUUAACACGCAGCUAUACUUGACAGCAGUAGCGUAGCACCCGAGUUCUAGGUUCACGUACAUAUUACAUGACUAGUUUCACCGGAUUGUGAUUAAAUCCAUAAAAAACAACAAAAAAAAAAAUCCUUCACGGGACUACUUUCAAGCUGCAAGAAACUUCGUUUUCUUAAACGAUAUACGCAAAUGGGUGCAAUCGGGUUAGAAGCUGAAAUGUUUUCAUAAUAUUCAUUUGCAAAUGAAUAAUGCGAAUGACUAUUUAUUACGCUUAGCAUUAAGUGAAGAUUAUCAGGACAACACGUGAAAUAUUUGCGACCCGAUAACAAUCUGCAAUGAGAUAUCGAAGCGAAACUGCCGACGCAGCUGUCAACCUAUCGCGCACAUGGAUUACCAAAGAAUUUUCACAUAAAUAAUGAUCGACAAUCAGUUAAUAAAGGUGACUAUAAGUAUGAGUCGUCGUCACGUGCGGCAUCAGUCGCGAGAUUUUCAUUUGUAAUUCAGAUUGAUUCGAACGCAAAAGUGAGAGUGCUGAAACCACAUCGGUAACCACAUAAUUAACAGGUAAUCAAUAGCGCGAAAGAAAGUUCAUCACGAUGCCUGGAAAUCAGACUCGCGCUUUACGUCGUCGUUCCAUGCGACGCCAGGCUAGCCUUCGGAACAUCGCAAGCACCGAGUGUUGCAAAUUGUCUUGCCGAGCAGGCCUCCGUUCAUCUAAAGCCAUCAAAAAUGGAGCCAUGCAAUUAAAAAACGACGGAACGAUCUGCACACAUAUCAAAGGACCUACUGGUCAGUCUCCCGUUGAUUUGGCACCUACUGAAGUGGUACGUAACGAGGAGUUUCCACCACUUAAAAUGACAGGACACUGGACUCCACUUGGAAGCGCUUUCAUGUACAACACGGGAAACACAGCCGAGAUUAGGAUGAGCCUCGACCGACCGCCUGCCAUUUUGUCCGGAGGACCUCUGAAGGACGAGUACGAAUUCGCACAGUUGCACUUUCACUGGGGAGCCAGUAACUGUCAUGGUGCUGAACACUCUCUCAACGGAAAAUUGUUCUCGAUGGAAGCACACGCGGUGCAUUUCAACAAAAGAUAUGAGACUUUUGAAAACUGCUUGGACAAGCGUGACGGUGUUGUUGUUGUUGGCUACUUUCUGCAAGUUGUAGGCGAUGACAGAACUGAGGAUCAUCCCCAAUUCGCAAAAGUUACGGACCACCUCCAUCACGUAGUAGAGCCUAACACGAAGGCAGAACUUCCGCAUGACGCUUUAGCCUGGAUGAAGAAGGGUCGGUGUCUCUGUAGUGGGUACUACACGUAUCACGGCUCUCUGACCACACCACCCUACAACGAAUGUGUAACGUGGAUCCUGUUCCCGGACCCAAUAAGGAUCACGAAAAGACAGGCCGAGCUUUUCCGCAACAUGAAGUCCCACUCGGGAGGCUGCAUUACCGCCAACUUCCGCCCUGUUCAAGGCCUAAACGGAAGGGAAAUAUUUUUUGGAAGUUAAUCCUCGAAGCACGAUGUUCAUUUACAUUUAAAACCUUUGUAUUUAUUUAUGACUAGCAAAUAGCCAUAUAUGUAUCCUCAGUAUUCUACCAAGUAGAGUUUACCGCAGUUUUUCUAUACUAUGUAUAAGCUAUAAUUAUGAAUUAUUUUAAGUUAUACCUGUUAUCGAGGGAAUGAAGUA